GGAGAGCCCCGGGUAGGGGAGGGUGCCAGGGGGUGGGGAGGGCCCCUGCCUGCACCGGUGCUCCCGGCCCGCCCCUCAGGCUCCAGACCCAGUUCCUGGACCUGCCCUGGAAAAGAAGUAUCCAGUAGAGAUGAGCUCACUGCAGUUACUUAAUUAAAAAUUUGUAAGCUACAAAAAUGGCAAUGGGCCAACCAAGAACAGCUACAAUUUGAAUUUUUCUAUUUCCAGAAAAUGGUAGCACUCACCACAAAACCACAAUACAUAAAUUGCCAAGUGUGGCUGACUUUCACAUUCCUUUAGAAGAACUUGUAACUGAAAAUGCUUGGACAGAAGAGAUGAGUACUAUUUCCACUAAGGCCUAGAAUUGCCUACUGUACAAUAGUCCUGAUCAGGCAAUAUACGAAUGGCCCAAGGAAGCCACCAAAUUGAUUUUCAGGUUUUACAUGACCUGCGACAAAAAUUCCCUGAAGUACCUGAAGUUGUUGUAUCCAGGUGCAUGUUACAGAAUAAUAAUAACCUGGAUGCUUGCUGUGCUGUUCUCUCUCAAGAGAGUACAAGGUAUCUUUAUGGUGAAGGAGACUUGAAUUUCUCGGAUGACUCUGGAAUUUCUGGCCUCCGAAAUCACAUGACUUCUCUCAACUUGGACUUGCAGUCACAGAAUGUUUACCACCAUGGAAGAGAAGGAAAUAGAAUGAAUGGAAGCAGGACUCUGACGCACAGCAUUAGUGAUGGACAACUUCAAGGUGGUCAGUCCAAUAAUGAACUCUUUCAGCAGGAGCCACAGACAGCACCAGCUCAAGUUCCUCAAGGCUUUAAUGUUUUUGGAAUGUCUAGUACAUCUGGUGCUUCAAAUUCAGCACCACAUCUUGGAUUUCAGUUAGGCAGCAAAGGAACAUCUAACCUUUCUCAACAAACUCCCAGAUUUAAUCCCAUUAUGGUAACUUUAGCCCCAAAUAUCCAGACUGGUCGUAAUACUCCUACAUCUUUGCACAUACAUGGUGUACCUCCACCUGUACUUAACAGUCCACAGGGAAAUUCUAUCUAUAUUAGGCCUUACAUUACAACUCCUAGUGGUACAGCUCGACAGACGCAACAGCAUUCUGGCUGGGUAUCUCAGUUUAAUCCUAUGAACCCUCAACAAGUCUAUCAACCUUCACAACCUGGUCCCUGGACUACUUAUCCUGCAUCUAAUCCUAUGUCACAUACCUCAGCCCAGCAGCCAAACCAGCAAGGCCACCAGACCUCUCAUGUCUACAUGCCCAUCAGUUCACCUACUACUCCACAGCCACCAACAAUUCAUUCAUCUGGUAGCUCACAGUCUUCUGCCCAUAGCCAAUAUAACAUUCAGAAUAUUUCAACAGGACCUCGAAAAAACCAGAUUGAAAUCAAACUUGAACCCCCACAAAGAAACAGCUCUUCAAAAUUGCGUUCUUCUGGACCUCGAACCUCCAGCAGUUCCUCUUCAGUCAACAGCCAGACCUUAAAUAGAAAUCAGCCCACUGUUUACAUAGCUGCCAGUCCCCCAAAUACUGAUGAGGUGAUGUCCCGUAGUCAACCCAAGGUCUAUAUUUCAGCUAAUGCCGCCCCAGGAGAUGAACAGAUCAUGCGGAAUCAGCCCACCCUCUUCAUAUCCACAAACUCUGGAGCAUCUGCUGCCUCCAGGAAUAUGUCUGGGCAAGUGAGCAUGGGUCCUGCCUUUAUUCAUCACCACCCUCCCAAAAGUCGAGCAAUAGGCAAUAACUCUGCAACUUCUCCUCGAGUCGUGGUCACUCAACCCAAUACAAAAUAUACUUUCAAAAUUACAGUUUCUCCUAAUAAACCCCCUGCAGUUUCACCAGGGGUGGUGUCCCCUACCUUUGAACUUACAAAUCUUCUAAACCAUCCUGAUCAUUAUGUAGAAACAGAGAAUAUUCAGCACCUCACGGACCCUACUUUAGCACAUGUGGAUAGAAUAAGUGAAGCACGGAAGUUGAGUAUGGGAUCUGAUGAUGCUGCCUACACUCAAGCUCUGUUGGUACACCAGAAGGCCAGAAUGGAACGACUUCAAAGAGAACUUGAGAUUCAAAAGAAAAAGCUGGAUAAACUAAAAUCUGAGGUCAAUGAAAUGGAAAAUAAUCUAACUAGAAGGCGCCUGAAAAGAUCAAAUUCCAUAUCCCAAAUACCUUCACUCGAAGAAAUGCAGCAGUUGAGAAGUUGUAAUAGACAACUCCAGAUUGACAUUGACUGCUUAACCAAAGAAAUUGAUCUUUUUCAAGCCCGAGGACCACAUUUUAAUCCCAGCGCUAUUCAUAACUUUUAUGACAAUAUUGGAUUUGUAGGUCCUGUGCCACCAAAACCCAAAGAUCAGAGGUCCACCAUCAAAACACCAAAGACUCAAGACACAGAAGAUGAUGAGGGGGCUCAGUGGAAUUGUACUGCCUGUACUUUUUUGAACCAUCCAGCCUUAAUCCGCUGUGAACAGUGUGAGAUGCCAAGGCAUUUCUGAGCCAAAAGGCCCUAUAGCUCUAAAACCACAUCGGAAGUUCAAGAAACGAGUCUGUCAUCAGGGGAAAAGUUUCACUGCUACGUAGGAUUUUGUCAAAUUGAAGGUGUGACGAUAUGGUGUUGUGCUAAUGUUAAAUGUCAGCCCACAGAGCUAAUAAUACCUCAGUCUAAUGUCAUGGGCAGUUGAAAUUCAUCACAUGAAAGGGAAUCUGCUGAGACUCGGUUGCCCGCUGCCUAACCAUGUACAGUGUUACCAGUAGCCCAUUGUGGAUAAUUCUCAAUAUAUUAAUGCCUAGGUGUGCCCAGUACCUUUUCCCCCUCAUGUCACUACUGAAUUUUGACAGGAGGAAGGAAUAGAACGAUGGCUUUUUUUUUUAAAGCUUUUGGUGAAACACUACAAACAUGAAGAAAAAGAACAAGGUGUAACUAUUUAAAAACUGUUUGCUGCCGCAUGGUGCCAAUGGAUAGGGGAAGAACUUCAUGAAUCUGUGGUACUCUUGGCCUCGUCUUUGUCUUCCCUGAAACGUCUCCACUCUGUGAAGCCAGCAUCUGGGGUCUAAAGAUGAAAAGGAAAGCAGCAUGCAUUGUCUGUACAAACAUGCAGUGAGAUAUCCCAAAGCUUUUCCUACUGUACAGAUCUCUCGAGUCUGCUUUAAGUGAUUUCUUUUCUUUAUUAUUUUCUUAUAUUUCUAUAUGUAUAGUGUAAUAGUCUUUUGUUAACUAAUUUUCUUUUUUCCUUUUAGUGAUUAAGCACGAUCAUGUCCCUUUUUAAGCCUUACCUGAGAGAAGCAAUGCCUUAAAAUAAAAAAGCAUUAAUGAAAUGAAACUGUGCACAAAAUAACUUUCCUCUACUUACUCUGUGCUUUGCCCUCGUGAGUGCCGAUGUUCUGUGAAGACAUGGGGAUGCUGCACACUGACUUGCAGGAAAUACUACAAGACUUACGUCUCUCUAAGUCACACUAUAUCUGCCGACUUCAGCAGUGGGUCGCACAGCACACUGAUCUUCCACAGGGAAGCUUAAAACAAAAGGUAUUUUUAACCCACUGACAGAGCAACAAGGUUAAGCUUGCUUCAUCUGCCUGGUGUCCCACAGAACUGUCACAAGAGAUUACUAUGGGGAAAGUACAGUUUUCAAAACCAGCCACAGCAGCAGAACCUACAGCCCUGGUGUGGGGAGAAGCGUAAAUGCUUUAUUGUUGGGGCAGUCCGUUUCUAAACCUGACUUGGUGGCAGUAUCAUGUGUAUUUAUAAAAUGAGGCUAGUCAUAUUUAGGACAACUGAAGGAAAGCUGGAAAAAAGAAAAACAAGCAAACUUGAACACUGAAGCAACCUCAAGCAUCUCUUUAUUUUGAUGAUAUAUUUUUAUAAGGAAAAUAAAUAUUCAGAUGAUCGGGAGUGUAUAUAACUAAAUGAAAUCAAGAAAAAGAAAUGACAGUAUGCAUUUAAAAAACAGAAUUAUGAAAUUAUAUAUCAGUACUUAGAAUGGGGCUAAGGGAAGUGCUGAAAUAUAGCAAAAGGUAGGAGAUAAUGUUGACUGUCACCCAUUGUAAAUGUCUGCAAAUGGAUAUUUUUUAAAUAAGCAGGAUUAUUACAGGUGAUCUAUAUGAAUGUCAAAGCCUUGACUUCCGGGCUUUGCAUGUUGUAUAUGGGAAGAAAUAUGACAAUCCUAGUUAAUUAGACCAUAGACCCAAAGCCCUUACAAUUGAUGCAUUUUGUUUUAAAACUAGGCCUUGUUUUUCAGCUUCAUCUGCAGUUCUAUGUGAAGAUUGAUAAAUCAGUUUUUACUUGUUUUAUUAAUAAAACGUAAUUUGGUUAUCUUGAGUUGAUGGUUUUGUGAUUUAGCUGGGUAAACUAUCUUUGUAACAGAUAAGUUAUUUAUAAAAAUUAAAAAACUUAUAUUCUAA